AUGCAAUGGUACUUCUUUUUGCUUGCCUUCGCGCACUAUGUCACUGCUACUCCUGUCAAAGCAUAUCAGACAGAUCAAGCAACCAGCAGCAACGUAAUCAGCAAAUGUUGCCCCUGCCAGUUUGAGGAUACGCAAUACAUAGAUUAUGCUUGUCCAGGCAGCACUUUUAUGAAGCUAAUUCAAAAUGUGAUAUCCUUCAGAUGCGACAUUGCUGAACCUUGCCGACGAUUGGGUAGGAACGAAGCACCAAACGAGAAUGAAUGGUUUGAUUUUAUAAUCAUCGGCGCAGGUGUGGCAGGGCCAAUAAUCGCGAGAAGAUUGAGCGAUAAUCCAUGGCGAAAGAUUUUGCUUAUCGAGGCUGGCCCGGAAGAACCUACUAUGACCGCAAUACCAGCACUUGCGUUUAAAGCCAUCAAUACGGACCUCGAUUGGAAAUUCAAAACGGAACCAACAUCACCGCAUCCUACUGCUUGUUUAAAAACAAACGGCGUUUGCAAUUGGCCAAGGGGCAAGAUGAUUGCCGGAACUAACGGCUUCAACGGUAUGAUGUACGUUCGAGGUCAUCCUGAAAUUUAUAACCUCUGGGCACAGGCGGGAAAUACUGGCUGGUCUUAUGAUGAAAUCACUCGUUAUUUCGAACGGGUGGAGAAUCCGGUCUAUCCGAUAAUCUUGUCAAACAAUCGCAGUUUGAAUGAACGCGGCAUGGUUAAUAUUCAGUAUUUUCCAUAUAAACCGAAGUUCGCGGAUGUGCUGCUGACAGCCGCCAAAGAGCUGGGUUAUGCAAUCUCCCAAUUAAGGGGAUAUAACCAAACUGGUUUUACGAUCGCGCCGAUGACAAUCGAAAACGGUAUGCGUCUCACGACUUCCAAGGCAUACUUGAGGCCCGUCUUCGAUCGCAAAAAUCUGCGAGUAUUAAUAAACGCACAAGUUACCAAGAUUCUAAUUAGUCCAUGGGAAAAGAAAGCUUAUGGCGUGGAGCUGAUAGAUAAGAACGGCCGAAAGAGAGUGGUAAAAUGCGACAAAGAAGUGAUCUUGACGGCCGGUGCUAUAGGCUCACCGCACAUUCUUAUGAAUUCUGGUAUAGGACCCAAAAAAGACCUCGCUGAUCUCGGUAUUAAAGUUUACAAAGAUCUGCCGGUCGGCAAAAAUUUGCACAAUCAUGUCUCAGUAGCGGUUCCCAUGAGCAUCAGAGACAUCCCGUAUGAGACCCUGACUAUGGAUGCUGUAAAUAACUAUCUAGAGAGCAAAAGCGGCCCGUUGUCUAGUACGGGCCUCACUCAAGUCACCGCCUUCUUUGAAAGCAAAUAUGCGACCAAAGGCGUGCCGGACAUUCAAGCUUUCUUCGACGGUUUCAGUCCCAGCUGUCCGAAGACUGGUCUGCCGAAUGAGUGCGUUGAUGGUAGAAUUGGCGAUUGUACGAAUAGAAGAAAGAUCGGGGCAAGACCCACGGUGGUUCGCACGAAGAGUCAAGGCUAUAUGAAACUCCGAUCGAAUAAUCCUUUGGAUCCACCACUAAUGUAUCCGAAUUAUUUCACAAAUGAGAAAGACUUGAUGAUCUUGCUUGAAGGUAUCAGAAAAGUCAGCACGAUUGUCGACGCACCCAUUAUGAAAAAGUGGGAUUUUCGUUUGGAACAAGUGAGAAACCCAUUAUGCAACGACUAUCAUUUCGGUACGGAUGCCUUUUGGAUGUGUCAAAUACGUGCAGAAACAGGACCGGAAAAUCAUCAAUCCGGAACAUGCAAGAUGGGACCGAGUAUCGAUCCAACCGCGGUAGUGGAUCCAAAACUUCGAGUACACGGUAUAGCGAACAUUCGCGUCGCCGAUGCUUCUAUCUUCCCCACCGUGCCAAAUGCAAAUCCUAUCGCUGGUAUCAUGAUGGUAGCUGAAAAAGCAGCCGAUAUGAUUAAUAGUGCUUGGCCGCAGAGACUUUAAAUAUAACAAAGCAGUACAUUAUGUAAUAAUAUACAUAUAAGAAGUCCCAAAACUAUUGAACGCAUUCUUUUAAUGAUAAAUUCUUUGAUCAAUUAAAAAUCAUUUUUUUUUUUAGCAAAAAUAGUACAAGUUCAUCAUUUGCAACUUU